CAUUGUGUGUUAGCAGGAGCAAGUGGAACGCAUACUAUCUGUGAAUGUACUAUCCAUCAAAACUUUAAGUUGAUGAUGCUUGGUGCAAAUGUUCAUUCUUUAACGAGGAAUACAGAAAAGUCGUUGAAACACUAUAAUGAUUGCUUGGACAUGAUAAUAUGUGAGGCUCCAACAGAAAAAUGUUAUUUGGGUGGAUGUAACAAGUGUCCAGGGGUAGAUGAGUUGAGUAACAUUUUACUGACAUGUUUUGAGAAUCAGGAAAUCGAGAAUGUCACGUACAAGCGUUGGGUAUCAAAACCAAGGUGCAGUUUAGAAACUUUUAUACAGCCUACAGAAGAAUUUAUUGAAAACCUUUGUAGUGAAUUGAAAGUUCUUCUACCUCACUCAUUCAUUGCAAAAGAACAAGCUAAAUUUUUAAAAACAUUAAAGGAAACACUAAAACCAAAUGAAUAUGUCAUUAUUUGUGAUUUUGCAGAGAAUUAUGCGUUCGUAGUACAAAAUGCAGCAUCUGGUUUUCACUGGAAUAAUGAUCAGGCGACAGUUUUUCCGGUAGUUAUUUAUUAUAAAGUAAAUGACAAACUUGAACACAGAAGUUUAGUGAUUAUUUCAGACUGUAAUAAUCACGAUGCUGUUGCUGUUCAUGUUUUCAUCAAAAUAAUAACUGAUUAUGUGAAAAGUCUUCCUGAACGCUGUAACAAGAUUUAUUACUUUUCUGAUGGGGCUCCUCAACAGUUUAAAAACUUUAAAAAUUUUGUUAAUUUGUACUACCAUGAAGAUGAUUUUGAUAUUCCUGCUGAAUGGCAUUUUUUUGCAACUGCCCAUGGCAAAGGUCCGUGUGAUGGAAUUGGUGGUAUCCUCAAACGACUUGUAGCAAGAGCAAGUCUCCAGCUUGCGGUAGAUAAACAAAUAACAACACCUAUAGGACUUUACGAAUGGACUUCUGAUCCGGAUAACUUGCCAAAUAUAAUAGUCAAGUUUUCUCCAGAAGAAGACUAUAAUACAGCAUUGAACGACUUGAAUGACAGAUUUACAAAAACGAAACCAAUUGUAGGAACUCAACAACUACAUUGUGUAAUCCCCGACAAAAAUGGUUGUUUAUAUGUAAAAAAAUUCUCAAACUCUAAUGAACAUAGAAUUUGUAAAAUAUUGAAACGCCAGAGAGAACAUUAAUGAUUAAAUUAUUAU